AUGGCCGAGAUUCUACAUGAUCAAGAUAUUGAUCUAGUUUUUGAAACAGAUACUUAUCACGGCGGUGCUACUCUAUUCUUUGCGUCAAUCAUGUACCAAUAUCGAUAUAAUGCAAGUACAAAAAACGUUCGUCCAUUUAAAAUUGUAACUAUGGAUAUGACCGAAGACGCAAGGGCCUUUAUUAAUCGAUAUCCCCUUCUUGCUUCUUAUAUAACUUUUAUUCCACAUGGAAGUUUAACAGAAGCAGCAAAGUCAAUCGUUAAUCGUACAUUUAUCGAAAUGAAACCUACAAAUGUAUUUAUUUCGCUUGAUGGUGAUCACUAUGCUGAAAGUGUCUAUGAUGAAUUAGUUUAUUAUCAAAAUUAUUUGCCAAAUAUCGGUAAUUAUAUUCUCGUACAAGAUACUCGAUUAUCCAAUAAAUGGCAUACUAUGUUUUGUGCUGAAUCGAAAUUGGGUGGACCAUGUAAUGGACCACAAGAGGCUGUCAAUUGGUUUUUAAAAAACGAAGAUCAAGGACGUUUUAUUAGUGAUCCCGGAAAAGAAUACUUAUUUAGUACUCAUCACAAUGGAUGGCUUAAGAAAAUUGCUGUAUAUAUAUCUUUAUCUAGUCUUUGUGUUUAUGAAAAUGAUACUUUUCGCUGUUGA